GGGCAGACGCCUGAAUCAGACUUUCAGACGGGUCAGUCGGUUUGUGGGAGCAGAGCUGAUGGUUCGUGCGAGUUGAGAAAGUUCUGUGAGGCUUCAGUCGGAAACCUCAGUGGACGAGGAUCAAGGCCCCCGACGUCCCUCCAUCGAUCGCUUCCUCCCGUGUUCAGACCUGCGGAAGAAUCCGUCUGGGACGCAUCAGCCCGUGACCCGAACCCGAUCGCUUCGAACCAUCCAUCCAUCCAUCCAUCCAUCCAUCCAUCCAUCCAUCCAUCCAUCCAUCCGCCCGACUGACCCUGCAGCCUUACAUCCACCCAGCCAGCUGCCGUGUUCCAGACCUGCACCAGCAGACCUGCACCGUUAGUUCCACAGGCUGAGCUACAUGGACCAAUCGUCAUGAGAGUCCGGAACAAACCCCUCUCCCUGCUCCUCCCCCUCCUGCAGUCCCCGCCCCUCCUUCUGCGCCAUCGCCGCUUCCUGUCAUCGCUCUUAGCCAAUGGCAGCGCAGCAUCAUGCAGACGCUUCAGCACAGAUGGCCCCGCCCCUCAGCCUGUAGUUGGUCAGGACUCGUUGGAGGUGUUGGGACACUCCUACCCGCGGGACGACUUCACCAACGUCACGUCGAAGAUCUUGGCCAAGGUCGGCCGCAACCUCCACAACCAAUCCCAUCAUCCUCUGUGGCUGAUCAAGGAACGAAUCAAAGCUCACUUCUACAGCGCCUACAUCGGUCGCUGGGGAAACCCGCUCUUCUCUGUGCACGAUAACCUGAGCCCGGUGGUGACCGUGGAGCAGAACUUCGACAGCUUGCUGAUCCCGCCCGGCCACCCCAGCAGGAAGCGAGGAGACAACUACUACCUGAACAGCAGAACGAUGCUCCGCGGCCACACCUCCGCCCACCAGAUGGAGCUAGUGAGGUCCGGCCUGGACGCCUUCUUAUUGGCCGGAGACGUUUACAGGCGGGACGAGAUCGACUCCAGCCACUACCCGGUCUUCCACCAGAUGGAGGGGGUCCGGCUCUUCUCCAACCACGAGCUGUUCUCCGCGGUGCAGAACGGCGAGGAGCUGUCCCUGUUCGAGUCCGGAGGUCGGCGGACGCCUCACAAACAGGAGGCGCACAGUCUGGAGGCCGUCAAGCUGCUGGAGUUCGACCUGAAACGCACUCUGACGCGACUCGUCACUCACCUGUUCGGACAAGAUCUGGAGGUCAGGUGGGUCGACUGUUACUUCCCCUUCACUCAUCCCUCCUUUGAGAUGGAGGUGCGUUUCCAGGGCGACUGGAUGGAGGUGCUGGGCUGCGGAGUGAUGGAGCAGAAGAUGCUGAACUCUGCGGGGGCAGGAAACAAGGCGGGCUGGGCGUUCGGUCUGGGCCUGGAGAGACUGGCCAUGGUCCUGUACAGCAUCCCGGACAUCCGGCUGUUCUGGAGUGAGGACGAGCGCUUCCUCAAACAGUUCAGAGUUCAGGACAUCCAGCAGCACGUCUGCUUCCAGUCCUUCAGUAAGUACCCGGCGCUCCACAACGACAUCUCCUUCUGGCUGCCGGACAGCAGAGACAGCUUCACAGAGAAUGACUUCUACGAGCUGGUGCGCUCCAUCGGAGGAGACCUGGUGGAGAAAGUGUCACUGGUGGACGAGUACCAACACCCAAAGACUGGUAGGCGGAGUCAGUGUUACCGCAUCUUCUACCGCCACAUGGAGCGAACUCUGACCCAGCAGGAGGUUCGAAUUGUCCACGAGCAAAUCGAGCGCGCUGCCCAGACCGAGCUGGGCGUGCAGGGCAGAUACUGACACACACACACACACACACACACACACACACACACCAGUACUCCAUCCACUCCUCUGUGUCUCCUCCCCUCCAUGCUGAAAAGUUGAGACAGGUCCAUGAAACCAGAUAAACUCACAAACACCAAACUGCAGUCAUGCAUCAUGUCGUCAGCGUGUCCUGUAGACCUGUUAGUCUGCAGGUAGACCUGUUAGUCUGCAGGUAGACCUGUUAGUGACAUCAACGUGUGUUUUAUGUCGUUAAGUUUUAAAGACGUGCAUCAACAUAAAACUUUGAGUGACUUCCUGCUGGAAAGUCCUCGGUCGACAGGAGUCGCUCAAACGUUUUAUGCUGCCGCCCUCGAGUCUUCCUGUUAAAUCUGAGCUCUACAUGAAGGAUCCGAAUUUAAAGAAACCACUUCUUUAAUUCGUUCAUUUAGUUUAUCUGAACUUGAAUUUUUAAAUCUGAAUUUGACAUUUGAGCAGUUUCAGAAGUGGCUGGAAACUCUUCCUGUGCCUUUCAGCCACAGCGGAGGAAACACCGAGCACACACUCGCGGUGGGUUCGACAUGAAUAAAGACUCGUCACGUUCACAGAAACACGAACAGUCACAGCAUCGUUUUGAAAAGGAAGUAUCUGUAGCUUUGACUGAAGCCGUGUUUGCAGGCUGUACUUUUUCUGGCAGGUUUGUUUCUUUGGAUGCGAACAUUAAAAGCUGUUUGUCACA